ACACAUACCAUCAGUGGCAUUUCCCCCAUUAGUUACAAAAUCUUGUUCCAUCUAAGAUUACCACUACUGAUAAUCAAACUAUUUCUUUAAUGGAAUUAUGGCCAGUAUUAGUUGUAAUUGUUUGCAUUCCAGUUUUAUGUGAGCACCUUUGUUCAUUGACAUUAUUUCCCAUACAGCACAGUAGUUAAAAUUUCUGCUCAUGAUAGCAGUUUUGGUACUGACUAGUUAGUCCAAAACUACCGGUAAUCUAAAAUAAGUGCAAGAAGUGUAUCAAAAAUACUCUUCAGAUUUUUACAGCUUGCCCCAGCUUGGUGCUCUCCAGAUGUUUUGGACUAUCAAUUCCAGCCAGCGUGGCUAAUGGUAAGGAUUGAUAGGAAUUGUAGUCAAAACCUCCUGGAGGGCACCAGGUUGGGCAAGGCUGCCUCAAAUCAUUGCAUUUUGAUAAUGUUUUUGGGACUGCAUGAGGCUGUAGCUCAUUGGUAGAGCAUCUGCCUUGAAUGCAGAAGGUCCCAGGUUCAAUCCCCAGCAAGUCCAGGAAGGGUUGGGAGAGAAUCCUGCCUGAAACCUGAAUAGCUUCUGUCAGUGUAGACAAUACUGAGCUAGAUGGUCUGACUCAGUUUAAGGCAGCUUCCUACUUUACCAUAAUUAUUAAGAGUUUCAAGAUUUUAAAGCAUAGUGGUGUCUAUUUUAGAAGUACUCUCAAAUGAUGGUGCAAAUUUGUAAGAUGCAACUGUCUAAAGCAGGCAUCCCCAAACUGCGGCCCUCCAGAUGUUUUGGCCUACAACUCCCAUGAUCCCUAGCUAACAGGACCAGUGGUCGGGGAAAAUGGGAAUUGUAGUGCAAAACAUCUGGAGGGCUGAAGUUUGGUGAUGCCUGGUCUAAAGAGAAACCUGGAGCCACUUUGGAUUUUCCCUAUUCAUACCUCAAGCAGAGAGGAAUUUUCAUAGCAUUUAACGCAGAAAGACCUUCUCUGGAAUAGCCUCUGAACAGCGCUAGAAUUCUCUUAAGAGAUUAUGUGAAACUGCUUUAAAGACAAGAAAUAUAUUGUUAGAAUCAGGGAGGGAGAGCUCUUGCCUUCAGGACUUGCUUGAGGGCUUCCCUGGUUGAAAACAGGAUGCUGGACUAGACGGGCAUAUGGUCUGAUCCAGAAGGGCUCUUCCUGUGAUUUUCUUGCCAUAUUUCCAAACUAGGGUCCAACAGUUAACACUGGUAUCAUUUGAGAUGUGUCACACAAAGGCAGCCGGAAGAAAAGUGUGCAAGAGACAAGGGGUGCAGGUUUGAGGAUCAAAGUUCCUCUCUCAGCAUCGCUUCCUAUGGACUGAUGAAAGUAAGAUGAAACUGUUCAACGUUCUAGCAGAGGUCAUCUCAAGAUAUAGCUGCGACAAGUUUUCUGAUGAUAAUGUUCGAUAUAAAAUACCAGCCAUUUUGACAUGGGCAGUGUGGCUGCACGUAGCCAUGAAGAAAUGGACUUGAGGGGAAAUCAUCUGCAUGUGAGUUGCUGCUCCUGCUGCUGAGGCUAAACAAGAAAUCUGAUAAGGACUGUUUGGUUCUGAUGUUGUAGCCAUCACCAUUUCAUGCUUUCCACAGAUUCCCACUGAGCAGGGUGCAAUGUGGUUAAGUGAGGGCAAGCACAAUGGAGCACAUACUACCUUGUCACCAUACCAGCAUACCAACAUGUGCCUAAAAAGCGACAUGUAUUUGUAUGAAUGUAAAGAACCAAGCAGUUAUGUUUUCAUGGAACAAUAAAAAGCACAGUAAAUGGUUUGCCUCCCUUUGCAUGAUGAAAACCUACAAAACCAUCCAAUGCUAUUUGGUGCUGAAUCCUGCAAGUAGUUUAUUGUAGGAGGGUGAAAGUAUAGGGCUCUGGUGGCAGCACUUUGCCUAAUACCGACACCCUGAGCUGAAGGACCUUUUGUGGAAUAGUGACGUUAAAAGAAUGAGUUAUGAGCUCGAAAAGCUAUGUGCAGAUCUUACUUCAGCCAGGAGUUCACUAGGUGACUAAGUAAACCCAGGGCUAUUUGAUGGGCGAAACACUGAUUAUUUGGGUCCACCUCAACCUGAGCUCAGGCCUGGUUUUGGGACUGAAUCAGCCUUGGUUACCCUGCCCCAUUAUCAAGAGAGGUACAGAGGAGUGUGAACCUGUGAAUCUCUGUUUUGGAGUAUAGUGCCAUCAGUACACUGAUGAGAGACAGUUCUUUCUCUCCAUAGCAUCUGAAGUGGCUGUGCAAGCCCUGGACCACCUAAAUACAAUGGUGGAGUGGAUGAGGGCCAAUAAACUCUGUUUGAAUCCUGGGAAGAUGGAGGCUUUGUGGAUAGGUCAUUCAUGUUUCUGGAAGGCUGGGCACUUUCCUGUUCAGAAUGGGCUUGGAGUCCCUCUAAAGGUGUACUCCUGGAUUCACCUUUAUCAUUUUAGUUCCCAAUAACUUCUUUUGUUAGGGAUGCCUUUUAUCAGCUUUAUUUGGUAUGCCAGCUAUGUUUUUAUCUGGAUCGGGAUUGCCUAACAAUGUAGUCCAUGUAUUGGUAACCUUGAGACAGGAUUACUGCAAGGCACUCUAUGUGGGGUUGCCCAUGGGCCUGGUCUGCCAGGUCUAGCUGGUGCAGAAUUCAAGAAUUAUACUGCUGAUGGGGGCAGACAGUCAACAGCAUGUAACACCUCUGCUAAAACAUCUGCACUGGCUGCCAGUAUACUGUCAGUUCAAGUCUCUUGUGCUAAUAUACAAAGCCUGAACAAUUUGGGUCCAGAAUAGCUGAAGGUUCACCUUAGCUCUUAUAUCCAGCUUUGAUCACUGAGAUCAUCCGCAGGAGCACUGUUAAUUGACCCUUGCAUUAUAGAGGUCUGACUGACUUAAACUAGAAGUUGGGCACUUAGUGUCCCUGGUCCAAUGCUGCGGAGUACUUUUCUAUCAGAUAUUCGACAAGGAGUUCAACCUUUUAUGGCUGCAGAAAUAUUCUUGGAAGUGUGUGGACAGUGCCUGGUGAAUUUUGAAAGCCAGAGGAGUUACGUGGGGUCACGAAGAGUCGGACACGACUAAACGACUAAACAACAACAACAAGAGGAGUUAAUGAAUAAUAUUUUUAGUGUUCAAAUGGCAAAGUCUCAUGUAGUUCCUAGUCCCGCUACAUAGCUAGCAAAAACAAGAGUAAGAAAUGCAAGUUAAGGGGUAAGAAAUAAAGAACGUUUAUGACUUGCUGAAUUUAGUUUUGAUUGCAUAAUUUAAGUGACCUUGUUCAGAUUUAUUUGUAUUUAAUUUUUUACACAGUAUACAUCUAGCCCUGGGCAACUUGCUGCCUCUGAGUCUCAAUAUCCUCCCUCAUUUGUAGGAUGGAGGCAGCACUUUCCUUAAUUUCUCAAAGUGCUGUGCAAAUACAUUUUGUUGCAUCCCAGGAUAAGUGAACUUAAGGGAGUUCAUGGAAGGGUAAAGGUAAAGGGAACCCUGAUCCUUAGGUCUAGUCGUGACCGACUCUGGGGUUGCGGCGCUCAUCUUGCGUUAUUGGCCGAGGGAGCCGGCGUACAGCUCCCUUUUGAACUGCUAGGUUGGCAGGAGCUGGGACCGAGCAACGGCAGCUCACCUCGUCACAGGGAUUCGAACCGCCGACCUUCUGAUCAGCAAGCCCUAAGCGCCCACAGCGCCACCUGCGUCCCAUGGAAGGAUAGUUUCCGGCAAACACUGCAUCCUCUAAAAGCUUAUUUGGAGAGCUGGGGUGGCUGUGCAAUGUGGUGUGGUGUGCAGGAGGUCUCUAGGGGAGCGGGGCCCCUUCCUUCCUUCUUUUCCCCAGGCAGCCAUCCUAACCCAUUCCACAUUGCUCAAUAGGGCACCCUAACCCUCUGGAGAUGCUUUUUGGGGGGUUGCCAGUGGCUACAGGGGAUGGCAAACUUUUCUUCUGUCAAUUUCCCUAAAUUAAGCCACCUUAGGAUCCACAUACAGAUGUUGUUGUAGCAGAUGCUGUUGUGAAACAAGUCUUUCCAGUGCAAAAAAUGAAAGAUAAGAGCAGGUUUCUUCUGAGUUCUAGUGUAUGUGAGCACAAGAUAAUACACACACACACACAAAUAAAAUGUUGAGGAACAGUGUCUAUUAAUAUAUGUAUUUACAUUAAAAUACAAAAAUACUACUGCUACUAAUAAUAUGCAACAUACAAAGGGUUUUAAAAGAAUACAACUAAAUAUAUAUUAAGAUACAAAUGGUUAAGCAUACCUCCAGAAUUAUGACCACCUUUGUAGUUCGUGUUACUAUGUUUAAUGGGCUUGCAGAAUAUAAAAAAACAAAGUAGGACAUCAAUUCUGACAUAUGGGGGUGUUUUGUGUGUUGACUUAUUAGGAUCACUUUAAAAUGUUUGCUGUUUUCAUACUCGAGUUUCUCUGCUACUCACAAGUUAAUACAGGAGAGCACAUGAUUAUACCGGUAGCUCUCUUGUGGGAAGGAAGCCACAAUGGGUGUGUCAUUUGCUUGCUCCAGUGUUUUACUGAAGCUCUCUGCCUGUACUAGGAAGCAAUGCUUUCACUCAGGUUUACGGCUCUGCCUUUAGGCCUUUACGUAGGGAAAGAAAAUACUCUUGGGAGGAUUUGACAGAUUUGGUGGAGCAAUUGCGCGAUGAUACAGAAGAUCCCAACUAUCUCAUGGCUAAUGAACGCAUGAACCUGAUGAACAUGGCUAAGCUGAGCAUAAAGGGCUUGAUUGAAUCUGCUCUUAAUCUUGGGAGAACUUUGGACUCUGACUAUGCACCCCUCCAGCAGUUUUUUGUAGUGAUGGAACAUUGCCUCAAACAUGGCUUAAAAGCCAAGAAGACUUUCCUGGGCCAAAACAAGUCAUUUUGGGGACCUCUGGAGUUGGUAGAGAAGUUUGUCCCUGAAGCUGGAGAAAUCACAGCAAGUGUUAAAGAUCUGCCAGGGUUGAAGACGCCUGUGGGUAGAGGAAGGGCAUGGCUUCGCCUAGCUCUCAUGCAGAAGAAGCUUUCCGAGUACAUGAAAGCCUUGAUAAACAGAAGGGAAAUUCUCAGUGAGUUUUAUGAACCUAAUGCACUCAUGAUGGAAGAAGAAGGUGCCAUAAUUGCUGGUCUUUUAGUAGGUCUGAAUGUAAUUGAUGCAAACUUUUGCAUGAAGGGUGAAGACUUGGAUUCACAGGUUGGAGUUAUCGAUUUUUCGAUGUACUUAAAGGAUGGGAACAGCAGCAAGGGAAGUGAGGGAGAUGGUCAAAUUACUGCAAUUCUGGACCAGAAAAAUUAUGUGGAAGAGCUGAACAGACAUUUAAGUGCCACAGUCAAUAAUCUGCAGGCGAAAGUUGAUGCUUUAGAAAAAUCCAAUACUAAACUUACUGAGGAGCUUGCUGUUGCAAACAACAGAAUAAUAACACUGCAGGAAGACAUGGAGCGAGUCAAAGAAGAAAGUUCAUAUAUUUUGGAAUCCAACAGAAAGCAGGUACCCAAGCAAGACAGAACUGCAGAUGGACAUGCCCUUAGUGAAGCACGGAAACACUUAAAGGAAGAAACACAGCUGCGGCUGGAUGUGGAAAAAGAGCUUGAGGUGCAGAUUGGAAUGAGACAAGAGAUGGAACUGGCCAUGAAGAUGCUGGAAAAAGAUGUCUGCGAGAAGCAAGAUGCACUGGUGGCACUCAGGCAGCAGCUUGAUGAUCUCAGGGCCCUAAAACUCGAACUUUCCUUCAAGCUGCAGAGUUCUGACCUGGGAGUGAAACAAAAGAGUGAACUAAACAGCCGCUUGGAGGAGAAGACAAAUCAGAUGGCUGCUACCAUUAAACAGCUUGAACAAAGAUUGCAACAGGCAGAGAGGGAGCGUCAGUCCCUGGAGGAAGACAAUCGGCUCUUCAAGCAGGAGUUUGGGGAUAAGAUCAACAGCCUUCAGAUGGAGGUGGAACAGCUCACCAAGCAGCGGGGCCAGCUGGAACUGGAAUUGAAACGGGAGCGAGAGCGAUGGUCACAUUUCCACCCUGCAAUUCAAGAGAACAGAAGCUUUCACAGCCAAAGCAAAGGAUUCCAGAAGGCCGGAUUUAAAACAGAUGCAGGAAGCAAACUCCUGGAAGAAGAGUCUCAGUGGAGAACACCAAUAAAAGAGGGGCAGACAGUUCUUCCAAGCAAGGCACCUCCUAACUUGCAAGAGGAGCAUGAGCAGCCCCUUGGACCUGGCAAAUUAGAGUUGUGCCAGCUAUGUCAAGAAGAAAGUACGCGGAGCAAAAGAAAGAACACCUGCAAGAACUGUGGUGGAGUGUUCUGUGAAGACUGUUCAGCAAAUGAACUGCCCCUUCCUUCCAGCAUUUACCCAGAGCGAGUCUGUAACCUGUGCCACAAGCAUUUGAUGCAGCAAUAUUCAGCAAGCCCUUCGUAGGACUCCCAACGGCGAUAGGCAGCGGCCCUGUCAAAGGCAGCUUAUUUCGACCAGAUGAAAGCUUCUGAAUGCUGCAACAUCUUGGAGAAUUAUUCAGAAGAACACCUUUGUCUGCUUUUGCAGAAUCGAGAGUACGUGUUGGGGUGGGGGCUGUGAAUUGACCAACCAGCCCUACAUUUUAAACUUUUAAAAGACCUGGGUGAACCACUGCCGAGUUCUACCCAGAUUCUGACAUGCACUAGUGUUACAGAUGCUUAAGAGAUGAACAAGCAUUAGAAGCAGGUUCUAUAAAUCUUGAGAUGUUUAGUUUUUGAAGGCACAGAAGAUAUUGGUGGAGGUAUACCUAGACACUGCUCCCUGGGGGAUAGCAGUAAAACCUGGGAAUGGGUGCCUGUAAGAAUAAACAGGACUCUUCCUACCAUGACACUUUUUACUUCUUUAGUGCUUGCAGGGCCCCCGUCAGCUAUGCAAACUAGGCAUGUGUCUUGCCUAAGCCACUUCAUCCUUUAUUUUCAGCCUAGGGCAGGGACACUGAGCCACUCUCAGUCUGAUUUCCUAAGAGCGAGCUAUGCGAACGUACUCUGCCUUGCCAGCAGACCUGUGCAAUCUGAGCCCUCACUCUGAAUUACAAAACCCUCUAGAGGACUUGGUGAUGCAUUCUACCCCAUGUUUUAUAGCCUACAGAAUUGCACAUACGUGUGCAAAAAUGUAGCAGUUGAAUUUGCUCCACAAAUCUUUGGCACUAAAUUAGGUGUUGUGUAAAAACAAACUACAACUGAUUGUCUGGCCAAAGAUGAAAAUACCACAAAUAAGUUUAUCUUUUGCCUGAGCUUGUUUUCUUUAGGGUUGUGCUUUAUACAUGCUGCUGCUUAAAAUAAUGCAUUAUAUGUAACCAAAAUAUUUGAAAGAGCAUGUACUGUGCACAAAUUUUUUGACUCUGCACAAAAACUCACAGAUCUCUGGUGGCCUCUCAACUUGGGAGUCUAUAUUUUUUGCAGAAUACCCACAAGGACAGCAACAGAUUGUAAAUGACUUGACGAAAUUUUUGCAAAGCUGCUUAUUCAAGCUGUAGAUGUGAUUUGACACAAUAGGACUAUGUGGGCAGUACUCCCUAUUUAUGUAAAUGUAAAUUUAAGAAGGCGUAUAUCACAAUACUGCUGUUUACCCAUAAAACGAUGGAUUGCUGAAAACCUGUCAGUGUGAUAUAGAAUAUACCUUGAUAUUAAAAGAUUACUCAGCAGCAGAGGUUAACCCUUACAGUGGUGGCUGCUCUUUCUUGAACUGUAGACCCCAAAGUGUGUUGUGUGAAGCCCACUACAUGUACUGGAAAUUAAAUCAAAACUGCACAAUGUAUUUGAAUCUGUACAAAAUUGCUGUAUGUUUUGUUUGCUAUGUUUUGUUCUGUGCAGACAAUCGUUACUAUAAACAUACUGAAGUUUUA